AGAAAAUCAAAAGAGCUAUUUACUUUAAAUAAAGGUGACUAUAUAUAUAUGAUUAGUGAGCCACCAGGGGAACCUUAUUAUAUAGGAAGAAUAAUGGGCUUCAAACUGAAAAAUAAUCAACACCCGAGUAAAAGCCCUUCUUACCCAACUGAUGACUUGAAUGAAGGAAUAGAUGAUGCUUCAAAGUAUCAAUUUCAGAUUCAAUGGUUUUAUAGACCAAGAGAUAUUUCUAAAAGUACUUCUGAUUCGAGACUUUUAUAUGCUUCAAUGCACACAGACACUUGUCCCAUGUCAAGUUUCCGUGGUUUGGUAUCAGUAAAACAUAAACAGGACAUUGAAGAUGAAUUCGCUGCUGCAAAUAAUCAACCAACUACCUCAUCAAGAGCACCAAAGAAAAACUCGACACCCCCUUCUUCUAGCACAUCCGCAUUGGAAAUUUAUUGUCAGCAACCUAACUGUUUUUAUUUCAAUAAACUAUUUGAUAGGUACAUGAUCAAGUUCUAUGAUAUACUCCCAACUGCAAGUUUAUUGGAAUAUGUUGAAAAUGAAGUCAACAACAGUAAAAACUUCUUGAUUGCUUUGCAUAAAAGAUUCGAAUUUAUAUUCAUGGAAGGUCCUCGUACUAAAUCCUUUAUCAAUAGUCUAGCGGCUACUUCGCCGUGUAAUUGUGAAAAAUGUGGUCAAUGGUGUGCCUCUCAAGAAUCGGUUACGUGUGCAUCCUGUCAUAAGUUUUAUCAUAUGUUAUGUCUUGAUCCUCCUUUAUUAAAAAAGCCUAGCAGAGGUUUUAGUUGGUCAUGUGCACCUUGUAAUAAGAAGCAUGAAAUCGAAUAUCAGAGUAAAAGGAUGCUCAUGUUGUCCCACGAUAAUAAAUCUUCUAAUGAACGUGAAUUGUCUGUUGAGUUAAGUGCUUUGAAUUCUGAAGGUUUACCAAUUGAGUCUUCCCAGGAAAGCAAUAUUGAUGAUCAAAAUCAAAAUAAAACUCCAAAUAACGAAUCAGGUAAUGAUGAUGAAAGUGUCGAAACAGUUUUGCCCAAAUAUGAGACUGUGGCUAUAGAUUUCCUAGAAAAAGACUCGAAUUUGUCUUUAGAAGAAAGAAGAUUGAAGGAAGAAUGGAAUAUGAGAUAUUUGGGUAUGCAUGCAAGACUUGAAGAUGGUGUAGAUCUUGAAGAUAGAUCCCCUUACCCAAGAGCCUCCACCCGUUUAGGUGCUAAGCAUCAAGCAACUAAUAUUCCUGAAUUUUAUGAUCAUCCAAUUGUUUAUUAUGAUGUGGACAAGCCUUCUAAUGGCCCAGGUCCCAAAAAGAAAAUGUCUAAAAAAAAGAAAAAUGAAGAAGAAGAAGAGAUUGUUAAACUUCAUAUUCCCAAAGAAUAUGAAGACAUUCCACCAAAAGAAUUUCCUCAAUGGUUGCAACCGAGACCUAAAGGUUAUAUAGAAAGGGGAGUUGAUGAUGGUGAAGGUAUUACUGCCAAGCUAUUGUGGGCACCAUCUAAAGAAGAUGAGGAAGACGAUUUCAAGAAAUUGGAUUCAUACAUCAACCAAUGCUCUCCAAUUGCUGAAAAACUUGAUAUUUUGCCUACAUCGCCGAACUUUGUUGACGCUAUUUUGAAGUAUUACAUGGACAACAAUGGUAAUAUAGAGAAAGCAUUAUCGCAAUCAUUAAAACUCACUAGAGAAAUUUUGAAAGAACCCACAUUCACUAAAGAAGAAGUGAAAAAAUUUGAGGCAGGAGUCAAGAAGAAUGGUAGUGAAUUGUAUCCAACUUUUAAGUAUGUUAAAUCUCAACCAUGUUCUAUGAUUGUCCGUUUUUAUUAUCUUUGGAAAAAGACUAAAAACGGGAGAUUGAUUUGGGGAAACUAUGAAGGCAGAAUGCAUAAAAAAUUACAAAAUCAAAUCAAAGAAGAAUCUAAGAUGGACCCCAAAAAGGAUACCAAAGCUUCAAACAUUGAUUCUCUCGCUGAUCCAAAUGAUGAUUCAUCAUAUGAAACUGAAAAAGUGUACGAGUCCAAGAAAAUAUUUUGCUGCAAGCAUUGUCAUACAAACCAAUCAACUCAGUGGUUCAAAAUAACUGGGUACGAUACUAAUACCAAAUUGAAGAAAAGUAAGGAUAAAGAGGAAAACGAAUCUUUUGCAAAUAAUGACGUCUUUGGUUUAUGUUUUAGAUGCGCUAAGUUAUGGAGACGAUAUGCAGUCGUUUGGGAAGAUCCAAACGAAGUUCAGAAAAAGAAUACGAAAAGUGUAGGUGGUUGGAAAAAGAAAAUAGAAGCUGAACUAGUAAAUGAUGCUGAAUUGAUCUUACAAAAGUCUGAAGAAGAGGGGCAGGGCCUUUCGUAUGAAUUACCAGAAAUAACCACUAGUAUAUCCGGCUCAAUUAAACGAAAGGCGUCCUUAAAUUCUACCAAGAGUGACACCAAGAAACAGAAACCAGUAGAUUCUAAAAAGCUGAGUGUUUCUGUGAAGAAAGAUGAAUCAGCUGCGGCAAGGAAAAAGAAAUCAAGUACUCCGAUUGCAAAAGACUCAAUUAAAUCGAAAGUAGAAUCACCAAUCUCCUCUAAGCCUAAAAUCAAAAAGGAAACAACGAAAACGAAACAAGAACCAAAAAGUGCAGUUACUGUCAAGAAGGAGUCUGAUUCAGGAAAAGGUGAAGAGACCAAGAAACGAAAGAGAGCUGAGAAAAACCCAGGUGAUGGUAAAGAUGUUAAGAAAAUGGACACCAAAAGAAAGGAUAAAGUGGCUUCUAAUGUGUCUACCAGCUCUAAAAAGCAAAAGAAAACACAGAAUUCUUCACCAUCUUUGAUAAAUAUAAUGCUUAACCAGGACUACGUUUUGAAUUUGCCUUCAAGUUUGCAUAAGAUUGACAAGAAGUCCAUUCCUACUAUGAAUAAAGACACUUUAAAGGAAAUAAUAUCUAAUUACAGAGCAAAAGUUCUUACUGAUAUCAAUUCUCAAGUUCAGCCAUACCAAUGCCCUUCACAAGCCAAAAUUAGAAAUCCGUUCAGCCCAGAUGAGAGAAAUUGCAGUGUCUGUCUUGAUUAUGAUACUUUGGAAAGCUCUAUUCAAGAGAUGUUGAUUUGUUCUAACUGUGGUGUGAAUGUACAUGCAUCUUGUGUUGGUAUUAGUGUCCCUAAUAAUGCCAAACUUCCUCUUAAAGAAUGGUUGUGCCAUGCUUGCGUGAAUGAUUUGAACCCGCAUCAUAGCACAUCGUAUAACUGUUCCCUAUGUCUUGCCAAUGAUAUGAAUCAUGAGUUGUCCUUCUUCGGAUCUCCAUUAGUCAAGCCCGAUUACUUGCGCCCUAUUCAUGAUUCUGGAAAAUGGUGUCAUUUUAUAUGCGCUCUUUUCAGUCACCAACAGGUGGUUUUCAAAGGAAUUUCGAAUCCUCAAUCUUCCACGAGAAAGCUUACCAAAGAAGAAAUUACGGAUCAAAAAACAAUUAUCGAGAAUACUCAUAAUUCAAUGGGAAUUGAAAGCGUCUCCGAAAUUUAUUUGAAAAAUUAUACGUGCCGAUGUGGAAUUUGCAAAUCAUCUAAUGGCUCAUUAAUUUCUUGUGAUAUUUGUGAAAGUUCAACCGGUAAUAGUGAAAAAUAUCACGUUACUUGUGCUCAAGAUACUCCAAAUUACAAGUUAGGCUUUAGAUUGAUUCCUCAAGCAGGUUCUGGAAAGGACAACUUGAGUGUGAGUAUUGGAAUGGAAACCGGAAGAUUGAAACCAGUACUUCUGUGUCCCAAGCAUGAUGCAGUAUCAUCUGGCGUACACCAUAUGAGGAAGGCAGCUAAAAGGAUUACUGGCUCCGCUAAAGAGGGUACAAAGCCAUUGAUACAACUCUUUAUAGAAGAUAUUGUGAAGGGCUUAAAUAAUCCUAAUAAUAAUAAAUUAACUGGUCCUCAAUUCAAGGCCCAUAAUUACAUCAGUAUGAUCAGAUCCUUUUCAGAGCAAGAAAAGCUCAAAAAUCUUACCAAACAAGGUAUAUCAUUAUUGGAUCAUGCCCAAUCUAGGGAGUCCGAGAAGAAGACUUGUGUGGACUGUCAUGCUACUGCAUCGCCGAUGUGGUGGCCAAUUCAAGAAGAUCUGACAGACACCUCCAACAGAGUUUCGCUCCGAUGCCGAACUUGUCAUCAUAAACAGGAGAAUGACGAUGAUGAUGAUGAGAAUGCCUUUGAAUCAGAGGCCCAAAAGUUACAGGAAAUACUCCAUGAACCUCUUAGUGCUGAAAAUUAUCACUUACAAGGUGAAAACGAUCAUGUAUCUGACAUCUUCAAAUCGAGCUUAUUGGAACAAAAACCUGUCAGAAAAGACCCCGAGCCUCAACCCCAUAGAUCACGUAUCUCUAUUGGGGAUAUACUAAGCUAAUAGUUUGUAUAAAGAGCAUCUAACGAAUUACGU